UGGAGUGGCGAUGGGGGCGGGACCAGGAAGUGAAUAGUCAAGCUAGCAGCGGAUAAUGAGUAGCUGAUCCAUUCAUUUGACAGGGCAUGAUGGGCAGGCAGAGGAAGAGGGUGGGGGCAGGGGAAGCUGCACCCCUUCUGCGGAAAGACGAGAAGCCCAUUGGCUUGCACUUCAAGGAAAAGAAGAAGAAAGUGGACAUUGGCAAAGUGUUUAUCAAUAUCUCAAUCGGCCUUUGCAUUUUCAGCCUGGUUUGGUUUUUCUAUGCCCUGUACAUGCGGUCCAGCCUGGCUAAACGUGUGGCUACGCUGCACCCUUCGCCGCGAGUCCUCGAUGACAACAGCACCAGCGCCGAGGUUUCCCCAGAGAGGUUCUGGGGAUCCUACAGGCCUCAGGUCUACUUUGGGAUGAAAACCAGAAGUCCUAAAUCCAUCGUUACAGGCCUGAUGUGGAUGCGGCAGUUCUCCAGCAUGGACGUGAACCUCAGGCACACCUGUGAGCAGGGGGACGGCCUGCAGGGCUACGGCUGGCUGAUGCACGACGGCCUCAGCUUCGGCGUCCAGGAGGUCCGCGAUAAGGACUUCACCCUGACCACCGAGUUUGUCAAGCGGAGGGGCGGCGACCACGGUGGCGACUGGACAUGGAGGAUCACGGCCAAACAGCACAGUUCAUCCCGCCAAGCGCCCGUCAUCUCGCUCAUGUUUUACGCAGCAGCCGAUACGCAGGGCUCUCUGGAGGCUCACGUGGAGGAGAAGAAAGGCCUGGGAUCCAUCACCGGCUUCUCUGAGGAGCUCGGACACUUCAAGAUCACCUUCCGCAAGCCCGUCACUGGGGAGCUGUCCAACGUCAAAUACGCCUGCUACAACAACCUUCAGACUGUUACUCCAGGCCUGGAGCGGCUGACGGACAUUGUUAAGAACAGCCUCUCUCGGAGGUUUGUCUACAGCCCCCCCUCUGGUGAAAAGAGGCAUUACAUUGCGGUUGACAGCUACAAGCCUCCACACCAGCAGCCCCAGCAGAAUCCUGACGACCCCAGGAAGAAGAGCGACUUCCUGGUCCACCAGGUAACCGUAGAGACCCCGUUCCAGAUCGAGGUUCUGUUUGAAUCGGCCAGCUUCCACAGUAGACCCAACCAGCUGGUCGGGGUCACCAUGACGGAGGAGCUGGAGAGGAGGAAAGCUGAGUUUGACGCCAGGUUCGAGAGGACCUUUGGCCUGGAGCAAAAGGGCUUCAGCCAGGCUCAGGUCAGGUUCAGCAAGGCAGCCCUCAGCAACAUGCUGGGCGGAAUGGGCUACUUCUAUGGCCAGUCGGUGGUGCAGUCUGCCUACAACGAGUACCCGCUCUUGUAUCCCGAGGGCGCGCUGUUCACCGCCGUUCCCUCGCGCUCUUUCUUCCCUCGGGGGUUCCUUUGGGACGAGGGCUUCCACCAGCUGCUGCUCAGCAAAUGGGACCCUCAGGUGACGCGGGAGGCGACCGCUCAUUGGCUAGACCUCAUCAACGUGGAGGGUUGGAUCCCUCGCGAGCAGAUCCUCGGCGACGAGGCACGCAGCAAGGUCCCGGGUGAGUUUGUGGUGCAGCGGAACGAGAACGCCAACCCGCCCACCCUCUUCCUGGCGCUGCAGGAGCUCAUCGAGCAGCAUUCUUCCGACCCGGACACUCCGACAUCGCUGCCCACGUUGGCGUUCCUACGGCGGCUCUUCCCAAGACUGAAGACCUGGUUUGAAUGGUACAACACCACACAGACCGGACCCGUGCCCAAUUCCUACCGCUGGCGGGGCCGGGACAAGGACACCAACCUCUUCUUGAACCCGAAGACCUUGACCUCCGGUCUGGACGACUACCCAAGGGCCUCCCACCCGUCCGGGGAAGAGCGGCACGUGGACCUGCACUGCUGGAUGGCCCUGGCCUCGGGCAUCAUGGCUAGCAUCGCGCGGCUCCUCGGAGAGCCCCACGUCGACUACGAACAGACACACCAGGUGCUCAGUGACAACGGCCUGCUGAGCGAGCUCCACUGGUCGGACCAGCUCGGGGCGUUCAGCGACUACGGGAACCACACGCAGGCCGUGUCCUUGCAGCAGGAGAAGGUGUACGUGCCGCCCGGACAGCCACGGCACCACUACGCCGCCGCCCGCCUCGUGCGCUCAGUGCGGCGCGCGCCCAAGCUGCAGCACGUGAACGCCCUGGGCUACGUCAGCCUCUUCCCGUUUCUGCUGCACAUCCUGCACGCCGACUCUCCCAAGCUGGAGCACAUACUCCGAGACAUGAGGGACCCCGACAAGCUGUGGACGCCCUACGGCCUCCGCUCGCUCUCCAGGACGGACCCCAUGUACAUGAAGCGGAACACGGAGCACGACGCCCCCUACUGGAGGGGACCUAUCUGGAUCAACAUAAAUUAUUUGGCUGUCAGAGCCCUGAACCACUACAGCAGUGCGGAGGGUCCCUACCAGGAGAAGGCAACGGCCCUUUAUAAUGAACUCAGGACUAACAUCGUCAACAACGUUUACAGGCAGUACGUUGAGACAGGGUAUAUAUGGGAGCAGUACAAUGACAACACUGGCCGAGGCCAAGGAAGCCAUCCAUUCACUGGCUGGUCAGCCUUGACUGUUUUAAUGAUGGCAGAACAGUACUAAUGCUAAAGACUCUUUCUAAAGGUCUUAAAGAAAUUGGCCCUCAUCCGUUGCUCAUGUGAUGCUCAAGCAGGCAUUAUGUAUUAUUGAAACUGUUUUCUACCAAAAUAUCUAUUUCCAGAAUAGGUGUUAAUAAGGUGGUUUAGAAAGAACCCUGUUACUUUAUCACAUUUUGUUGUUCGUAGUCAUGCCGUGUGUUUGCUAUGUGUGGAGCCAUUGGACAGAUAAAUGCCAUGCUUUGUGUUCCUCAUCAGCUUCAGGCAUGUGCACCACUGGCUAUCCAUAAAAAUACAUUUAAAAGAAUACUGUAUUUAGAUAUGCAGUAUUGGACUGACAUUUGGAAAUUGCACAUUUUUUGUAUGCGUUUCCUAAUCAACUGGAAACUACUUAAAACGAUGAGUGCCUGAGCAACUAGGAUAACAGGUGUUUUUGAUAAAGCUGAUGAAUGAGGGCCAUUGUCUUCAAUAGUGCCAACAAUUAUUUCGGUCAAGAUUCUCCAGUUGUCUUAAUGUUUUAAUGAUAGUGAAGAAUUCAAAGAGUGGAACGUGUCUGUGAUGACCUCAUCAGCAUUACUUCUGGGAGGGUUGGGGUUACAAUAAAAAAAUCCUGACUUGAAAUAUGUUUUAUUGAGAAACAAUAAAUCAUAUCUUCAAAUGUU